AUGCUUACUUCGCAUCCUCUCCUUCUUCCACUCUUCGGCAGUGUCGCAAGUGCGGCAAACCUGUGGGCGACACACUACUCGGGCACGAUCAACUACCUGUCAUUCAACGACAAUGCCUUGACUCUGAGCAGUUCGACCCCCACAGGCAACAAGCUGCCUAGUUGGAUCACGUACGACAGUGCUGGAAAAGCGCUGUACAUUCCGGACGAAGUCUUCUAUGGGGCAACAGGAGGAAAUUUAGUCUCCUUCACCGUGGGUAACAAUGGCAGUGUGACCGCAGGAGGGAAAGGCUCUACACCUCUCGGUGUUGUUGCGACAGCGCUCUAUGGUGGCGCAGAUGGAAAAAGCUUCAUCGCCAACGCUCACUACCAAUCUUCACAAUUGACGACCUUCAAACUACCAUUGACUGGUGGACAGCCGCUCCAAACAAUCAAGUAUACUGGAAAAAGUGUAAACCCUUACCGACAAGAAGCUCCCCACCCACAUCAUGCUUUUGUAGAUCCAUCCGGCGACUUCUUGAUAGUACCUGACCUUGGAACGGAUCUGAUCCGGAUUCACAAGAUCGAUCAGACAUCUGGAAAGCUCACAGAGUGCACUCCUGCGAAGCCGCGUCCUGGCACAGGACCAAGACACGGAGCAUUCUGGUCACCAUCAGGAGCUUUCUCGCGUGUUCGUCGAGCAGCAGAAGGCACGACGCUCUUUGUCGCCAACGAGCUUUCCAACAGCGUGUCAGCAUGGGCUGUUUCAUACCCCUCAUCAGGAGGCUGCAUGUCUCUGACCCUGAAGCAGACGUUGACGCCGUAUCAAGGCAACACCACCGCCCCUACUGGUACCAAGGUCGGUGAGAUCAAGGUGAAGGGCAACUUCCUCUACACCACAAAUCGAAACGACAAGAAGUUCAGUCCCAACGACUCACUUACUCAAUACACCAUCUCUUCCAACGGAAGUCUCACGUGGACAGCCAACACGUCAUCCUAUGGCACGUAUCCGCGUACCUUUGACAUCAACAAGGCUGGUGAUUUCGUUGCCAUUGGCGAUCAAACUACGUCGAAUGUAGCCAUCGUACCAAGAGACCCGAAGACUGGUAAACUGGGAGAGCGCGUUGCGGAUCUUAGGAUCGGGACUGUUGGCACGCCCGAGAACGAGGACGGUCUCAGCGCGGUUGUUUGGGCUGAGUAA